GGAAAUCCAAUUAUUCUGGAAACAACCUCGACGAUCAUGGCCCUUUGUGCUUUUCAUUGCCAAUCGAUACCUUGCUGUUCUAGGCCAUGUGCCAUCGGCGCUUUAUUACUUUUGGUCUCCAAGUGUUGGUUCGAGAUAUAGUGUGUGCAAUCCUUUUCUCCUAUACAAUGGAGCGACAGUCAUCGUCGUCCAAAUGAUCUGUGCAGUUGUCAUGAUCAUGCGCGUAUAUGCACUAUACGAAAGAAGCCGGCAUGUAUUGGCUGUGCUCUUAUUUGUGGUAGUGGGUGCGAUCGCCGUAGGCGCCUGGGCUUUGUCUUCAUCAUCCUCUUCUUCCCUCUGCUGCUCUGGCAUCAACACAGGAGCUUCCGAUCGGUUGUCCUGGAAAGGGGUUUCUCACCUCCGACCAGUAAAUAUGGCGGCGGCAUGGGGCGGACAGUUGCUUUUUGACGUAGUCGUCUUUGGACUGACACUGUGGAGAUCGGUGUAUUCCCGGAUACCAGGGAAGAGAAGUAUAUCGGAUGUGUUGUUGCGAGACGGUGGAGUGAUGUCCGUUGUGAAUAUAGGGAACAUCGUUACGCUUUUGGAUGGUAUAAAAGACGUCGCUUCCGGCAUAACCAACGUAAUUUCAGUGACGAUGAUCAGUAGGUUGAUGUUGAACCUUCGAGAUCCAUCUAUUGUCGGGCCAGCAGUGGCUGCGUUUCCUCCGCUAUCACAUCCGAGUGCAUUUGCCACAACACGAGGGUUACCUGGCGUUGAGACGACGGUGACGAUGGCGUGAUGUCUGCGCUGGCUUAGUGGCUUUUGUCAAAGAUUGCCUUGGCCUCACCCAUCGCGUUGGUUGUUAUUUCAUCAGCCUUGAUGUAUAUACGCGAGGAGCAUCGAUUGCGGGAUCGGUGACUUGCCCGGAGUUGCAAAACGCCCCUUAACACACCAUACAAAGUCAUUAGGACCUUGUGCUUUUGGGUGCACGAAGAUAUGUGAUAGACUGAUAGCGCCCUUUUUCACUAAAAAAGGGACUGGGACUGCACUCGGCCUUGAGCCUAAUAGAUAUUGCAUUGUUGCUGUCCCUUAAAGUUGGAGUCGAGUCCCAUUCCAAUGAAACGAGUGGUAGGAUAGAAUCGAGAUAUAAGCUCUUCGAAGGAGA